UUGCAUGAAAUAAGGCAGGCAUAUUCUCACAUUAGACUUAUCUUGCACCAACUUAUUGUCACAGAUUGACUAAAGCAGAGGCGCUGGAGAUCAGUCCUUUCACUGUUCGUUGUUCACCCAGUAGCAGUCGAAACCUUGCUGCAGCACGCGCCCAUCCAACCAUGACCACUGAGACGUCAAAAGAAGAGCAAGUGAUGCGAAGCAAAGACAAGGCGUCCGCUUGGACCAUUGAAGGCAUGGUCAAGCGCAGUCUGGAUCCUACCAUCACCCACUCUGAACAUAAAGAAUAUCGAAGAUAUACCCAGCAAUUUCGCAGUGUCGAGAAAUUAACGAUAUCCCAUGGUGAUCAAAGAAGCUAUGCCAACAUUGAGAGCUUUCCUGAAUAUCAGCAAUACCUGAAUUACAUUCACCGUAACGCGCCUGAUGAGCAUCCGUCGGCUCUCAAAACGCAAAGUAUCGAUGAGCAGGUUUAUAACACCUAUGUUGAUAUUCCUCGUCGGGCCGCCGCGGCUCAAUUUAGCCGAGAAUGGAGCUCAACUGCUCGCAAACGGUACGAAGGCUAUCUCAUGUAUUUGCGCACAGGACGAUACAUGCAACAACCUUCUUCCGUGCAUCCUUCAACUCCUUCCCGACAGCCUACCACUUCACUGCAAGACAAUACUAUAGUCGCCAAUUCAACUGCCGCCGCAUUACUUGCUUCCCGAAAACCAUUGGUUUAAUUCACCCAUUCUUUCUCCUUACUCCCUCUCUCUCUCUCACUACACACACACCUCACACAUAUUUUUCAAUCCAUAUUUCCUACAGUCGACUCCAUCUUUCUCAAUUAUAUUUACUGUUACUCAUGCAUUAAACAGUAAACCUGCCUUUUAAAACUGGCGAUCUUUUCAAGUCGGG